CCAUCGGUUAGUCUACCGAAUCGGCCAACUGCGAAGAGGCACUCAACAAAUUUAGUUGUUUACUCAAAUUUCUCCUUAGAGCAAGUUGCUUUAAACUUUGUUUAGGGGUGUGGAUUUUGGCAGAAUUUUACACUUUUUAAGGAACGAACAAAAGACAGCGUUUGCUAUCUUGUAAAGAUAACAUCGUUACGAACUGGAUUAUUUAGCUAGCUUUGUGGCUAGCUUUGCUACGAAAACAAAUCGGAUUCGUUUUGAUAGCUAGGUUAGCUAGCUAGCUAGUUUACCUGUAAAUUUCGUAACUGACCUUGUUAUUUGUGAGGACGAAGAAUAAAAGUCUAUAAUGUUAUAGUUAAAUAUCAUAAUAGUUAGUUAAUUGUGCGGAAACAUUUUAAGGGGAUUUAGACGUCAAAUUUAUCUUGUUGGCAAUCUGGCUAAGAUACUCGUAGGGAACUCCAAACAAACAAAAGACGUUUUUGUGUAGCUGGCAAAGCUAGCGAGUAAUCACACAAAGCCAGCUAGCCAAGUUGCUAGCUUAGUUUUGGGUUAGCUGGCAUAAGACAGCCAGUCAUUUUUACAAAUUUGUUUUGAUCGUCGAAUUCUCUCAUAAAUGGCUCAGCAUAGUAAUUCUCACGUUGCAAGUUCACAAAAAGCGCUAAUGCUUGAAAUGAAAAGUCUUCAAGAAGAACCAGUUGAAGGUUUCAAGAUUACACUGGUGGACGAAGCAGAUUUAUACAACUGGGAAGUAGCCAUUUUUGGACCCCCAAAUACGCUCUACGAAGGGGGUUAUUUCAAGGCACGUAUCAAGUUCCCCGUGGACUACCCCUACUCUCCCCCUGCCUUCAGAUUCCUCACCAAGAUGUGGCACCCCAACAUCUAUGAGAACGGGGACGUGUGCAUCUCCAUCCUCCACCCCCCAGUCGAUGACCCACAGAGUGGAGAGCUACCCUCGGAGAGAUGGAACCCUACGCAGAAUGUCAGAACUAUUCUCCUGAGUGUCAUCUCAUUGCUGAAUGAGCCAAACACCUUCUCUCCUGCUAACGUGGAUGCCUCAGUCAUGUACCGCAAGUGGAGGGACAGCAAAGGGAAAGAUCGGGAAUACGCUGAGAUCAUUCGGAAGCAGGUUUUGGCCACCAAAGCUGAGGCAGAAAGGGAUGGCGUUAAAGUGCCCACCACACUGGCCGAAUACUGCGUGCGCACACGUGCACCUGCCACCGACGAGGGCUCUGACCUGUUCUAUGACGAUUACUAUGACGACGAGGACUUGGAAGAUGAUAAUGAUGAGGACUGUUGCUAUGAUGAAGACGACUCAGGAAACGAGGAAUCAUGACGCAGACACCACUGCCGUCGUCCUCUUCAUCACCAUCAUCGUCUUCACUUGGAAAGCUGUCGCAUGCACCUUGUAUUCACUUUCACUUGGAUAGUUGUUGUUUUUUUUUUUUUGCCCUUUAAAAGAACUAUAAAUUCAUAUUUUUAAGUUCAUUUUCUUUUGGUUUUAUUUUUAAAAUGGGAAAUGAAAGCAUUCUGUUCUCACUCUGAUCUUGGUUGUUUUGGGUUCUCACACUCUUGCUGAAUAUUUUUCCUUUAGCCCUGCCCCCAACCAAACUUUUUAUUCAGUCUAACAUUUUCUUUAUUUUUCUUUUUUUUUUUUUUCUUUUUUUUUUUUAUGCUAAAGAUCCAUGCAACUUUGCUUUGUCAAACGAAUGAUGGAGUGGUUGACUAUGUAAUGGUUAAUUCUUGACUGACUGAGUGAGUGUGCUUUCUCUUGCCAUAUUGCAUGUGUUUCUUUGGUCAUGCCUAGUUCAUUGUUGCUGUCUUCUCUUCUGAGUUAUGUAGUUCUAGUCACUUAAUCCACAGUUUUCUCCUGGCACAGUUUUUUUUUUUUUUUUUUUAAUUUAAGGAGCAUUUGCAAGUCUGAUCAGUUCAGCAAUAAAAUGUAUUUUUCUUGUGCUCCAGGUUAAGACGUCUGAAAAACAUUUUUUGUGGUCUGGGAGUGUCCAUGAACCACAUUCAAGGCUGGUUUCCUGGACAUAGAUUAAGCCUAGUCUUAUACUAAAUUGUAGUGCCAAUGGUGACUCGCUACUGGAAAUGCCUUUUAAUAUAGACUUAGGGUAAACUUGGUCUGGAGAAACUGGCCUUUAGUGUUUGUGUUGCUCUGUUGCAUCCGAUUCAGCUUAUUGACUAUUCAUAUAAUUGUUAAUGAGCAGGAUCCAACGUACCAGGGCAGGGGACAUGUUGGAAGGUGUGGCGGCCGGGUCGCCCAAAUCACACAGCGGGAAACGCUGGCCUAUGGCUGGUCUCAACGGACUUGUUUCACGCGUAGAAGCAUUCGCUUCACACACAAAGACUUGGCAGAGUUCUGGAUGUUGAAGGGAUGUUUAAUCUUUUGUUUGUUUUCUUGAGUAGGACUACAGUGUGAGUGUGGGUGGGUGUAAUGGUGGUGGGGGAGGGUGUACCCUGCAGACACUCAAGGACUGAACCCCCUAUCAGUUUGUGAAAUUCCACACAUUAUGUUAAGCUGAUGGUGUGUACACUUCAUAUUAUUUUAAUCAUGUACUACUUUUAUGUCCUGAAACAGAAUGUAUCCUAUCAAGUAAGCAUGGGAACCAUGCAAUCUUCUGGGAAAGAGGGUGUUCACUGGUUGUUGUCUUAUUCCAUUGAGCUAAGAGUUGUUUUUGCAAUGCCAAUAUUGUAUCGUCCUCUUAUAUGAAUUUAUUUUCAUCAGCUUCUAGAUUUUAUUCAUAGUUUUGUUUCUUUUGAUUGUGGCAUACAUUUCUUCAGUUUGGGCUGUUUUGGGUAAUUCACCUGGACUUAUGAAUGAUAGUGUUUGCUUUUGGAUAUUUUUUUUGCUCAGUAAAAUGACAGCAGUAUUGGCAUCAAACCCUGCAGCUUGUUUCAUGCCUUUGAGCGUUUGUAGACCAGAGAGGGCUUUUAACUACAUCAGCAUUGAACAUUUGAAUUAUUUAAAUGUGAGCUCAUUUUAAGUGACUCAGGAUAAACCAAACAAAGGGGUGGGGUGUCGCAACAACUGAAAUACCCAUGAACAGCAAUGAAAGCAGUCUUUCAAUUCUGUUUUUGAAGACGGUUUACAACCUUAAGUCUCGAUGCUGAUAUGCACAUGUGGGUAUGUGGCUGAUCAUUUUACUGACCUGGAUGUAUUUGUAUGGUUUGUUGGCCUAUUUAAAACAAAAAAAAUAAAUAAAAUUCUUUAUUAGAAUA